ACCGCCACCCUGUUGUUUCCGCCCACAGUUUCGCCACAAGAGCGAUAACCAGGUGAACAGCCGCCAUUCCCAAGUUUUAAUCAACGGGAUCCUCCAGAAGGAGGAAUGGAUGAAUGUCCGUGUUGGUGAUAUCAUAAAAUUAGAAAAUAACCAGUUUGUUGCGGCUGAUCUGCUUCUGUUGUCCAGCAGCGAACCUCACGGACUUUGUUAUAUCGAGACGGCCGAGCUGGAUGGGGAGACCAAUAUGAAAGUCCGACAAGCUAUCCCAGUGACAUCCGAGCUGACUGACACCAACAACCUAGCGCAUUUUGAUGGAGAGGUGAUUUGCGAGCCCCCUAACAAUAAACUCGACAAAUUCAGCGGGACGCUGUACUGGAAAGACAACAAAUACUCCCUGAGCAACCAAAACAUGUUGUUGCGAGGUUGCGUCCUUCGUAAUACAGAGUGGUGCUUCGGCCUGGUCAUCUUCGCAGGGCCGGAUACCAAAUUAAUGCAAAACAGCGGCCGCACGAAAUUCAAGAGGACUAGCAUUGACCGUUUGAUGAAUACUUUGGUGCUUUGGAUUUUCGGGUUCCUGGUCUGCAUGGGGGUGAUCCUGGCUAUCGGCAAUUCCAUUUGGGAAUACGAAGUGGGCGUGUGCUUCCAGAUUUAUUUGCCGUGGGACAAAGUGGUGGACAAUGCCUUCUUGUCCGGGUUCCUGGCCUUCUGGUCUUACAUCAUCAUCCUCAAUACCGUAGUUCCCAUCUCUCUCUACGUCAGUGUGGAGGUGAUCCGUCUGGGUCACAGCUACUUCAUCAACUGGGACAAGAAAAUGUAUUGCGGGAAACGGUGCACGCCGGCCGAAGCCCGGACCACGACGCUAAACGAGGAAUUGGGACAGGUGGAAUAUAUAUUUUCGGACAAAACGGGGACCCUAACCCAGAACAUCAUGGUCUUCAGCAAGUGCUCCAUCAACGGGCGCAGCUACGGCGAUGCAUUGGAUGAUCUUGGAUACAAGGCUGAGCUGGGAAAGAAAACGGAUCCUGUGGAUUUUUCCUUCAACUCACUGGCCGAUCCCACGUUUACCUUCUGGGACACCGGACUUUUGGAAGCGGUCAAGCUGGGUGACCUCCACGUCCACGAGUUUUUCCGGCUGCUCUCCCUCUGCCACACCGUCAUGUCUGAAGAGAAGUGCCCAGGUUGGGAAGGGGAAUUCGAAGGCCAUCUCUGA